GCAUCGUUCGCUUGGCCGGGCAGCCAGCGAGACGCCCUUUCCCCGCGGUUGUCCGAGCGCCGCCAGCGGCCACGAAAACGGCCGCCAAAAAAGGACGAUAGCUUUAUGGCUGUGUGGCUAUGACUUUAGCACGAAAACGAGUAGCUGAAAUAAGGGAACCCUCAAAAUGGCCCGAAAAACCGCAGUAAUAACCACCAGCAUGAAAAUGCGGCCCUCUCCCAUGGAGGAGGUCAGCUGGCGCCGAAGCGACGCUGCGCGGAGAGGCGCAAAGAAGAAGACGCGGCCAGUCGAGCACGCACGCGCGGAGGAGGAGGAUGACGCCAGCCGCCGCCGCAAAGCAUACGCACCGGAUCAAGUUCACCCAGCGACGGCGCAGUGCCCUUCCUGGCUGCCUGUGCGCCUCCUUGGCGGCGCUUUGUGUGACGCUGGGCGCUGCAGCGGCCGUCUACUAUGGAGUUCGAUUCCUGGAGGGCCAACGGACCACAGAGCGCGUCUACCGGGGGGCAUUCACGGUGCUUGAAGGGGACAAGUUCAGCGACAGUCUGUCGAACAGCCUGGCUGAAGACUUCGUGCACAAAGCGGAUGCGUACCGUGCCAAGCUCGACCGCCUCUUCAAUAGCACCACCUCUGGCUUCUGCGGUACCGAGGUGAUCGCUUUCCAGAGGCGGGCGGAUCGUGAGCUGACGGUGCACUUCAACGCGCACUUCGCGCUGGGCGCCCCGCUGGAUGCCGGUGAUCUGUACCUGCUUGUGGCUGACGAGCUGCUGCAUGGCCGCCUAGGCGUCUUCGGGGGACUCAAGGUGGAUCUCGAGUCAUUCAGCCUGCAAGAGCGCCGGGCAUCUUCGCCGUUGCCGGAGCCGUGGACCCCUCGGCGCCGCUAUCCGGGCUACCUGGCUGGCCUGAGCACGACGGAGCGGCCCGCUACGGCAGCGCACUGCGAGCCCAUCGCCCUCGACCACUGCAGGGUCAGCCUGUCGUACAACAGCACCACUUACCCAAACGCAGUUGGGCACAUCACGGCUCGGGACGUGCGGCGGGACUCGGUGGCCUACCGGCAGCUGGCCGACUCCGAGUGCCACCCGCUGGCCGGCGAGCUGGUGUGCCGCCUGCUGCAGCCCCCGUGCACGGGCGUGCUGCCCUGCAGGGCCUUCUGCCGAGAGUUCUGGUCGGCGUGCCAGCGGCAGCUGCCGCCGUCGGUCGCCGCUCGCAUCGACUGUGACCGCCUGCCGGUGUACAGCGGUCCUGGCAGCUGCCAUUCCAAGCCCGGGUGCGUGAACGAGCUGAAGGCGCGGGGCAAGGAAGGCCACAUCUGCGACGGCGUCGUCGACUGCCCAGAUUUCUCGGAUGAAACAACUUGCGGUCUCUGCGGUCCGGCACACCUGCAGUGCGGCGAGCGCCAGUGCAUCGACGUCGCGCAGAGGUGCGACGGCCGGCUCGACUGCGCCGACGGCGCCGACGAGCGCGACUGCCUGACCCUGUCGAGCCGCGGAGAGCUGUGGGCGCCACCGCACGGCUACCUGCGGGCCUGGCGGCGCGGCCGCUUUCGCAAGGUCUGCGCCGACGGAGCCGAGUUGAAGCACGUGGCGGCGGCUGCCUGCGGCGCGCUAGGACUCGGGCCGCCGUCCCGCGUGGAGCUGCAUCGCGACGGCAACAGCAGCGACUCGUACUUGCGUCUGCUGGACCCGCAAGCGCCCGGCCUCAGGUUUUCUUCACCGGGGCCUUGCAGCAGCGACCUGGUGGUGUACCUGCAGUGCAGUCUGCCAGGUUGCGGACGGUCCUCGGCGCUGCCAGGGGUGGCGGGCCCCGCGCGCCGCGGGGACUGGCCGUGGCACGUGAUGCUUCUACGGGCCGGCAGGCACGUCUGUGACGGGACGCUGGUCACAGACAAGUGGGUUCUCACCGCCGGACACUGCGUGUCACAUUGGCGAGAGAACGAGCGGCUGCACGUUCGUCUCGGCUCGGUGCGCAAGGCUUCGCCCUGGGACACGCGGCUGUCGAGACCGGCGAGGCUCUCGGCCGACGGAGCCCUGGCCCUGGUGGGGCUCGAGGCGGCCCUGCCGCUCUCCAGCGCCGUGCGGCCGGCCUGCUUGCUGCCGGCGCCCGACGACGCGUGCGCCACUCUGGCCUACCGAGGCGAGCAGCUGGAGCAAGUGAGCCUGGAGGCGUUCCCGUGCGCGCCCUCCUCCACGCUGUGCGGCCGCACGGCGCGCGCCGAGCAGCUCGAGUCCCUGGCCGGCCGCCAGCUGGCGUGCCGCCACGGCGAGCGAUGGCACCUGCGGGGCGUGGGCGCGCAGCCCGGCGAGCAGCGCUUCCACCAGCUGGACGGGCCGCGCCUCGCGUGGAUCCGCGAGGCCGUGUCCUGAGCCGCCGCCGCUGUCACAGCUCUUGCAGUGUGGCGCCACCAGGCGUAUUGCGUGAUGUGUUCACAAAGCUCGUCAGAAAGCCAAGAAUGGCGUUGAAGGAAAAUAAACCGCAGAAAGACAUUGAAAAGAAUUGGAAAACAAAGUAAGCAAUAGUAUCUAUUGUAUGCAGCCUUUUUAACCCUUGUGGUAAAUGUGAAAACAUAAAACUGCAUUUUUCUCAAA